GGAAACCGCUUCCUGGUCUUUAGAAAUUAGAAGGCAGUUUCUGCCAUGCAUUAGCCUACUAUGAAAACAGAAUGUGCCGUCGUUCAGCGUGGGAGACAGAGUAACCCAAGAUACGCCGCUGGUUUUGAAGCUCACCUCUAGAGACAGGAUGAAAUGCUCCGAUACCUCACCUGAAGAGGACGCUGGCUCUUCACGGGUCAUUGCGGUGGUUUUCUGCGCCCUGCUCCUGGACUUGCUUGGAUUCACUUUAAUUCUUCCUCUUCUUCCCUCUAUUCUAGACCACUAUGGACAAACUGAAGAUGCUGUAUAUCAGUCACUACAGAGCCUUGUGGAUUGGUUCAGAGACACUGUACAGGCUCCCACUGAAACUAAAUACAACACAGUCCUCUUUGGGGGUCUGAUCGGGUCCCUCUUCUCUCUGCUGCAGUUCCUGAGCUCACCUCUCACUGGUGCAGCGUCUGAUUACUAUGGGAGGAGACCCCUGAUGAUGCUGACCACAGUGGGACUGAUGUCUUCCUACGCUCUGUGGGCUUUGUCCCGCAGUUUCAGCGUGUUCCUGCUGUCCCGAGUGGUGGGGGGCAUCUGCAAGGGGAACGUCAGCCUCUGCACCGCCAUCGUGGCGGACCUGUCCUGCCCCAAAGCGCGAACCCGAGGGAUGGCGAUGAUUGGUGUAGCUUUCUCAAUGGGCUUCACAGUAGGGCCUCUGAUUGGGGCCUACUUUGCCCGAAGGUCCAGUUUGGAGGAGGUGUUCUACCUAGGCCCAGCUGUCCUGGCACUGCUCUUCUCCACAGCAGACCUAAUCUUCAUCUUCAUCAUGCUACCUGAAACUCUGCGUAAAGACACCAAGGGCUCCUCGGUGUCCUCAGGCUUCCAGGAGACCAGGGACCUCCUCAGCCCCGUGGCCCUGUUCCGUUUCUCUGCUGUAACACGGAGAGAAGACUCACCUUCCAAACAGAGCAUGGAGAAUCUGAGAGCACUGGGAUUGGUCUACUUCUCCUACCUGUUUCUCUUCUCUGGACUGGAGUUCACGCUCAGCUUCCUGACUCAUCAGCGGUUCCAGUUCACCAGCAUGGACCAGGGGAAGAUGUUCUUCUUCAUUGGAAUCACCAUGGCAGUAAUCCAGGGUGGAUACGCCCGCAGGAUCAAACCAGGUCAUCAGAUCAGGACCAUUAGGCUGGCAAUCAUGUCAUUGAUCCCCGCCUUCAUCCUCGUUGGAUUGGCCUGGAAUUUGACUCUGCUCUACACUGGGUUAUUUCUGUACUCAUUUGCUGCUGCAGUGGUUGUCCCAUGUCUGUCAGCCCAGGUCUCUGAAUAUGGUUUGGCCAGUCAGAAAGGAACGGUGAUGGGAAUUCUCCGAAGUUUGGGAGCGCUGGCUCGAGCGCUAGGGCCUAUUUUGGCAUCUUCAGUGUACUGGUUGGCUGGAUCAGAGGUCUGCUUUGUCGUCAGUUCUGCCUUUUUCAUUUUGCCGUUGGCUUUGCUGAGACGACAAAGAUGGUCCAAGGAGGAGUGAUGGGCGGAGUCUCAGAGCGAUGGGUGGAGUCUCGGACCCUUGCACUGCACCAGACAUUCUUCGGAUUAUGUUUUUUAUAAUGGAGCUUUUAUAUUGUUGUAUAAUAAUAUAAUUUUGCCAUUUGGACCUAUAAAGUUUAUAUUUUGGGUUUGGUAUGUGUGGAAAAUAGAGUCAUGGCCUUUUUGCAAACAUGUACAGUGCUCUCCAAAAGUGUGUAGUAAACAGUACUGUAGUGUAAAUAUACCAUUGCAGUUGUAGAACAGAAUAACUGCAUUGGGAAAGGCAUUGUGUUAACAAAUUUGCAUUGUAUGCAUAAUCUGCCUGACUUGCAGUAUUUAUGAGAAAUCAGUAUUUUGUGCAAAUUAUUAGUAGUUCCUUAAAGCACUUCCUGGUGCCGUUAUGUUAGCCUCACUUUUCAGAAAGAUGAGUCAGACAUUCUACACUUUUGAUCAUCAACACUGGCAAGGAAGUAUUUAUUACAGAAAGUCUGCAAUGUUAAAGACAUUUUAG